AUGGGGGUCGCGGUGGGCUGUGGGGCGCGGUGCGGCGCGUUCCCCGCCGCGCGGUACGGAGCGGCGCGCUCCCCGCGGUACGGAGCGGCGCGCUCGGAGCGGCGCGGAGCGGCGCGGUGCGUUCCCCGCCGUGCGGUGCCCGCGGUGCGCUCCCCGCCCGGGCGCGGCGCUCGGCCCUGGCAGCGCUGGGGCCGCCGCGGCUGCUGCGCCUGCGGCCGCCGCCGAUGUCGCACCAUUUGGCUGUCACCCUGUCGCAAAGGCGUCGGUGCUUUGCGGCUCUCGGCGCACGUGACUGUGCGGGGAGGAAGAGCGGGAUCCCUCGGAAGCGGAGAGCGGCGCGCGCCCCCCGGCAGCGCCUCCCUCGCGCGGGCCGGGCGGCGCGAGGCGCCCAGCGCGGGAAGGCGGGCGCGAGGCCCCUCAGCCCCUCGCGCCCCUCAGCCCCUCGCGCCCCUCAGCCCCUCGCGCCCCUCAGCCCCUCGCUCCCCUCAGCCCCUCGCUCCCCUCGGCCCCGCGGCCGCCUCGCCACCUCCCUCCUUGCACGCUCCGCUGGUUGCGCUUCCCCAUCCGUUAGGCUCCUGUCUCGGAAUCCUGUCGUUUCCUCCUGUGGUGGCGGUGUUCGGGGGGCGUGUGGCACAUUCCUGGUGUUGGGGGCUGCAGGGGCUCGGCUCUCCCGGGCCCAGGAGACAGGUGAAGCCCUCAGUUUGUUGGGUAGCGAAGGCAGGUAGCUCAGGAAGGAGAGUUCACGCUUGUCUCAAGCAGCCACCUGCCGCCCUGGGGACCUGGAGCAGUGGCCCAGGAGGUUGUGAGUGCUCUGACAAGGAAGGAAUGAACAGCUUAUCUUAUCAAGAUUUAUAGUCAAUAGCUUCUGUACUCUUGUGAAGAAGACAUCUGCUGUGCAAAUAGCAAGGUUAAAGUGAUUGCACAUGAAGUAAAUACAAACUUCAGCUAGUAUUUCAUCCUGAAAACCAGUCUGAACAAUACUUAGAUAACUUCAUGUAAUGAAAGCCCUUUCAUAAUCUUGACCCAUAUACAAUUUUUGUCAAAUCCAAGGUCAGAUAGAAUUUAAAAAAUAAGCUUUAUUUCAACUUCUGUAACCAUGAUUUCACAAUUGUAAGCAUGCUCUU